UUGUGAAUGAGCUGACAACACUGUUAUAUUACACCCAAGCAUACGAGACAGGAGAAGAGAGCAUUAGCCAAAAAAACCUUCGUCAACUUUUGCAAAGAUGAGCAAGGUAUCACGUGUUCUGGCCAUCCCAUUUCCAGCACAAGGUCACGUCAUUCCAAUGAUGGAGCUUGUCCGUAAAAUAGCUCAACAUGGUAUCAGAGUCACGUUUGUGAACACCGACUUCAAUCACAAGCGAGUCAUGAAGGCCUUGUCGAACAAGGAUGAUGAUUCGGGAGACCUGAUACACCUGGUUUCGGUCCCGGAUGGGUUGGAACCAGGGGAGGACAGGAAUGACAUUGGGAAGUUAUUCGACGUUCUCCCACUGCGGAUGCGCGCAGAUUUAGUAGACCUCAUAGAAAAUAUUAACAGCGCAAGGCACGAUAGCAAAAUCAGCUGUGUUAUUGCUGAUGGGGCUAUGAGCUGGGCAAUGGAAGUUGCCGAGAACAUGGGAAUUAAACGAGCAUUCUUCUGGCCUGCAUCAACAGCUACUCUUUCGUCUCUCCGCAGUAUUCAUAAGCUCAUUCAAGAUGCAGUCUUGGACACUGACGGUGGAGUCCUUAAACCGAAUGAAAUCAUUCAGCUGUCACCAACAAUGCCUGCAAUGAGUACUUCGACAUUUGUAUGGACUUGCUUCACAGACUUGGCAACGCGGAAAAUUAUUUUUGAUUUUUUUCUUAAUGUAAACGAGUCCCUAAAACUGACAAGCUGGAUAGUAUGCAAUUCAGCUCGUGAGCUUGAGCCUGCGGCAUUUACAUUAUUUCCAGAUACGUUGCCGAUUGGUCCACUAUCGGCAAGCAACGAGCUCGGACAUCAAGCAGGUCAUUUUUGGGCAGAGGACUCUGCCUGCCUGUCAUGGCUCGAUCAACAGCCUGCUGGCUCGGUCAUCUAUGUUGCAUUUGGCAGCUUCACAGUUUUUGAUCAGACACAAUUCCGAGAAUUGGCUCUAGGUCUUGAACUCACAAACAAGCCGUUCCUGUGGGUUGUCCGUCCUGAUAUGACUGAUUGUACAGAUGAGGCUUAUCCAGAAGGAUUUGAAGAUCGCAUAGGGUGUCGUGGAAGAAUGGUAGGUUGGUCACCUCAAGAGAAAGUUCUACGACAUCCGUCUGUGGCUUGCUUUAUAAGCCAUUGUGGAUGGAAUUCGACAACAGAAGGUGUGAGUCAUGGAGUCCCUUUCCUGUGCUGGCCUUAUUUUGCGGAUCAGUUGCUUAAUGAGACGUACAUCUGUGAUGUUUGGAAGGUUGGUCUGGGGUUCGAGAAAAAUGAAAAUGGCAUCAUCACAAAAGGUGAAAUUAAGAAAAAGGUGGAGAUGCUUCUUGGUGACAAGGAUUAUAAGGAAAGAGCUAUGGUGCUUAAAGAAAAGCUUGCUAGUAGUGUCCAAGGAGAUGGCUGCUCUAACACCAACUUACGAAAUUUCAUCCAAUGGAUGAAAUAACUAUUUCAUGUCUGAAUAUGUUUUCCCUUAGCAUGGCUGAAGCAUUUCACUUGCUAUCAAGUAAUUUCCAACCUUUUAUCAAUACUACCAACUUUUCAUCCA